UACGUCCUAAAAACAGCAACAGAUGGAAAGUGAAAGAGAUUGAGAUCAGACGACAUGGAUACAUUGUAACUUUGGAAAAUGACUGAACUCAAGACCGAACAGGCACCCGGCGUCUGUGAAUAGAAGGAGGUAGAAAUCUGGGCAGAUACCCUCAUUUUUCUGAAAGGGAGCCUAGUGGUCUGCAUCUGGCGCUGGGAGAGGUCGUGAGUGCCCUUAUUUGGCUGCCAAAUGCACAGAUACGAGAUGUUGACGGAAAGCAGAAAACGCAGACGCAGCUGUGAUGCUGAGGAGCUCCAGGUCUUGCCCCAGGCAAAGAGGUCUGGAGGUUAUUCCUUCCUCCCUGAGGUCGGCCGUGAUUUCUGGGACUCUGAGUCUUCCAGCAGUGACAGCAGUGGCAUUAGCAGUCCAGAGCAGAUGGCAGGGGCCAGCACCACCAUCCAGAGCACUGACCAAAGAAGACUCCAUGUUUCCCAGGCUCCCUGCAGCCCUGUUGCCCCCACCCACACAGCUGAAGAUCCAGCAAUCUCCUUGAGCCAAAACAUCUCAUACGAUCACAUCAACCGCAUAUUGAGAGAGGCCCACUUCAGUAGCCUGGAAAGUCAUGGUCAACAAGGGCCAACAUGAUUGGCGAUGACUCUUCCAACAAUCAUUGGCAUGAUGGAAGUGAACAGGGAACCUUUGAGAGGGACAUUAUGGGCCAAUAUAAGGCCUGGCACAAAUAGAGACCC